AAGAACAAGUUGCUUGUCACGUGUGCUUAUGAAGUUUAGAAAGUUUGACAGCAGUUUUACAACGUCAGCUAACCUAGCUGUGUGUUUAGCUGUUUUCUGCUGUCUUUCAGUCUAAUGCAAUUAAGGUUCAUCCCGCUACAAUAUUUGUACGUUUGGGAGAAUAUACRGUUUCUUCCGGUAUAGCGAACUGCUGAAAAUCGAACAUGGAAGUUGUUCAGAAACUUCUGUCGGGGUUCAAUCUUGACCUGGGACCUUUGAAAGAACCUCUGGGAUUUAUUCGGAUUCUGGAAUGGGUGUUCACCAUCUUUGCCUUCGCCACCACGGGUGGUUACUCUGGAACGACCCACAUCAGUGUGAAAUGUGGGGAUGCGGUGCUAAAGGACAUAGACGUUGGGUUCGGAUACCCUUUCAGGUUGCCUAGCUAUGGCCCUUUAAAGGUGCCCUCGUGUAACGGGAGCGCCACGAAUGAGAUUUACCUCCAGGGAGACUACUCUUCCUCGGCUGAGUUCUACGUCUGUGUCGGUGUCUUUGGCUUCCUGUACUGCACCGCCACCCUGGUCCUAUACCUGGGAUACCAGCAUGUGUACCGCGAGGGCCGCGGACCCACCUUUGACCUGUUGGUGACUGCUGCUUUUGCCUUCCUGUGGCUGGUGUCCUCCUCUGCCUGGGGGAAGGGCCUGACUGACGUGAAGUGGGCCACCAACCCAAACCACCUGGUUGAGAACUGUCAGCCCCUGUGCACACCUGGAAACUUCCCCUCCAUGGGAAAACUCAAUGCCUCUGUGAUUUUCGGAUUUCUGAACCUCAUCCUAUGGACCGGUAACUGUUGGUUCAUCUUUAAGGAGACUCCCUUCCACAACCCACCAGCCACCAUGGAAGAGGACGGAGUCCCCAGCUCUUAAUUGCAUAGAGCCCAUGCCAAUCGCCAAGGUGCUUUGGACCCACACUGUUUCUUAUUUAACCUUAUUAAGAAGGAAAAUAAAACCUCAAGCAAAAUUGUGUUUUUUAAUCACCCUUACCACAGAGACCCCUUUUCAAUGAUGGGCGUUAAGCUCAAGCUUCAGGGAAAGUAGUCGGGCUGUGUUUACACAGGCAGCCCAA